UCACACGGUUUCCGGCUGUGAGGCUGAGGCGACUUCUUCAGACCCUUCUGAGCGGGAGCGCGGAGUCAGCGGCCACCGAGCGGGAGCAGGUUCUCAGCAAUGGCGACGGCACUGGCAAUGCUGCGUGACUGGUGCAGGUGGAUGGGCGUGAAUGAGCAACGCUCGCUGCUCAUCCUGGGCAUUCCCGACGACUGUGAGGACCAGGAAUUCCAGGAGGCCGUGCAGGCUGCGCUACGGCCCCUGGGCACACACCGAGUGCUGGGCAAGGUUUUCAGAAAGGAGCUCGGAUCCAGGGUUGCUUUGGUCGAGUUUCCUCAGUAUUUAAACCGAAGUUUGAUCCCCCAACAAAUACCAGGCAAGGGAGGGCCCUGGACUGUGGUCUUCCUGCCCCAGGCCCCAGAGUCAGAGUCACAGGAUAGACCCAGUUUCCCUGCACAGGCCCAGAGGCAAGCAGGGUUUGGCCAGGCAGGUGCGGCAGAAGCGGGGGGUGAGGCAGGAGAUGGACGAGAUGGAGGCGCGGAAGGGGCUGCAGGCCAGGCCGGGGCUGAAGGUGAAGCCAGAGAGUCCGAUGAGGAGGGAGCUGCUGGUGACACGGGAAUUGCAGGGGUGACGGGAUCUGUGAGUAUGGCAGGAGCUGCAGGUGAGGCAGGGCCUUCAGGUGCGGAAGGAGGCGUGGGUGUGGCAGGAGCCAUCGAAACGGCAGGAUCCUGGACCCAGCACUGGCGCCUGGCCUGGCAGCCUGUGCUGGAAAGUAUGGCCUAUGUGGGCCUGAGAACCUUCUCUGGGCUGGAAGAGCCAGACCGAGAGGAAGGGUCCUUUGAGAGCUGGCUGGAUCACACCGGCGACAUGCUCUAUCUGUGGUGCCACGUAUCAGAAAGGGAGAGGCGGAGGCGGCUGGUGGAGAGCUUGGACGGCCCCGCGCGGGAUCUGGUGUGCGGCCUCCUGGCAGAGAAUCCCGACACCCCUGUGCAGGAUUGCCUGGCCGCACUGAUCCAGGUGUUUGGGGACAGGGACACCCGCAUGACCGCACGCCUGAAGUUCCUGACCUGUGCCCAGCUGCCCCAGGAGACCCUCCGUGCCUAUGUGAUGCGCCUGGAAGGCCUGCUGCAGUCGGCCGUGGAGAGUGGCGCCAUCCAUCCCGCCACUGCAGACCAGCUCCGCACCCAGCAGGUGCUGAUGCGGGCCCGCCCCAACGAGAUGCUCCAGGUCAAGCUGAAGAGGAUGCGGCUGGACCGGAGACCGCCUGGCUUCACGGGCAUGCUGCGGCUCAUUCGGGAGACCGAGGCGUGGGAGGCCACCUCGGCUAGGAGCGAGCAGUUCCAGGUGGAAGAAGGGGCCUGUGCGGGCACUGGGGGCCCGGCCGCUGCCUGGGCGGCCGCUGCCUGGGCGCCCCCGGCCAGCAAAGGUGCUUCCCAGGCUGCCCUGGCCAACCUAGGGGCCAGCGAGGCGGUUCCUGGCACUGCCGAAGCCUCUGCGGCCGCUCCUGAAACCCGUGAUGCUGCCAGGGCAGCCCCUGCCCCCGAGGAGGCCCCCAAGCGCUUCCCUGCCACUCAGGAAGAUGAAAAUGCUCCCACCUCUGCGGGCCCAGGUCAGGCAAGACCCUCAGAGGCGCCUGGGGGCCCCGGCCCUACCCAGAGGGGCAGCACUUCCAGGGAGGGCCCAGGAGGUCCUGGCUGUGAGCCAGAGGGCCUCGCUCAGGCAGGAGCCCAGGAGGCUGGGGAGCCCCUGGAGGAGGGGCUCACGCCCAUCCCGGAGGAGUCGGGAAACGAGGAUGGGGCUGGGGGGAUGAGCUCCCCCAAGUCCUCCUCGGGCAAAUAGGCUCAGAGGCAGGGGGAGGCCACGCCAGGGCAGCAGCCUCACCCCACAUGGAGGGAACAACCCACCGAGCCCAAAUUCCCAGGACCCCACCUUCCCAGGGCACCCCAGCCGCCACCGUCGGCCCUCCCAGCGGACCAGGACGACCAUACUUGAUGCGAGACGGGGCAGGGACAGGUGCCCCCUCCCAUGGCAGCUCCACACCCAGCGCCAGCCCCAAACGCUGCCAGUUCAGGCAGCCAGCCUGGGAAACACCCCUGCGUGGCUGGCCCUAGCCUCUGCGAGGGGCACCUGAAAAUGUCUGCCACCCACCCUGGCCUGGGAGAUGUUAGGGGCCGUCUCAAGGGUGCCAGCCCCUCGGGCCUCCCAAGAGGAGGUCGCUCGCUCACUGACCCCUGGAGCACGUUGCUCCAUGUUCUGGGAAGCCCACUUGUGUCUCUGUAGGCCCCUUAGUGACCCCCCGUGUCAAGUGGCGCUCCCCCUGCUCCCCCUACACACACGCUAGCUACCAUUCCCGUGCAGAGCCCCGAGGUGUGCAGGAGCCCGCGGUGGGUGUCCUGGCCUAAGGCAGCAGCCACCUCUCAGCCCGGGUGCGUGCCACGAGCUUCAGCGCGAGCCCAGGCUCUGCUCGCUCUCGUGCAGUGUCGUGAGCUCAACAUCUAUCUGCUUUCUUGGUGUAGAUUUAGGCCAGCCGCUGCUUGUUCUUGGGGAGGUGUGUGUGUGUGUAUGCGCGUGUUCUUAUCUGAGCAGCCGCCCCCACCCCGCCCCGGAGGCCUCUGGAGCCCAGUCCCAGGAGACGGCGGGAAGGGAAGGACGGAGGAGGGCGCGGCGCGGCUGGUGCUCACCCCGUGACCUCAGGAAGGAAGAACUGGACCAAGGACAGAGGUGGCCUGCGGGAGUCUCCACCAAAACCGCGCUCCGAUGUGCCACUCUCUUGUCACUUGUGACUCCGUUUCUUUGGCUUGUCCGCGUGUCCCCUGCUGCGUUUUCCAGAGUCUUGUGACUGUCCUGAGCAGGCCCUAGGCCAGGCCCAGGCCCCAGCGUGUCGGCCAGAGGGGAGGGUGCCCUGGAGUGAGGGUCCAUGGCCAGCGCCCGUCAUCCUGGCCAGAGGCCGAUCGUGGGGCCCUCAGGAGGGGAGACUAUGGCAGGAGGGCCACGGUGUUGGGGGGAAGACUGGCACCCCGUUUGGGGCCCCGAGAGGAGGGGUGCCGUGACCUGUGGGCUGUAGUGGCCGUUAGACGUUUCUGUCUGUGUUGUCACUCCCUCUCUUCACUAAGUGUUUAUGUUCAAUAAAGUUCAUUGAAUGUUUCAGCUGA